UCCAACCAUUCUUGCGACUGACGACCUUAUGAUGAUGAAUAGUAUACAUAUCUAUAUACACUAAUAGCCAUACACAAACCAUAAUUGAAUGCUGUGAAACGUAACCAAUAACUAAAAAUCGCUAAAUCCCACAAGACGUUUAGUAAAGUAAAACCCGUUUCGACACACAAGGUGUCUUCCUCAGUUAGAGGCUCUAAUGUGUUUUAGUUUUUCAAACGUUUAGUGGAAUUUUGGGGUUUUAAGUGUUAUUUAAUUAAUAGUCAUGACAAUUUAGUUAUUCUUAUCUACAUCCAUGAUAGAGUAUUAGUAUCCAUAAAAUAAAAUGUCCAUUAUUUUUUAUCUAGAGAAGCAAAUAUAGUAUACAGCAAUGAACGAGCAAACCAAGAAUCGUAUAGUUCAGCCCUUUAUAAAAUAGGAUUAUAAAAGCGUGUAGAGUAAUGAGCAUUUAAGAUCCUGUAAAUCAUGUCAAGCUCGGAAAUGAGAAAGUUAAAAAUAUUACUGUUGCGAAAGCGAAGAAAAGACAGCGGUGUAGGUUGGACUAUUAGCAGAACGAAGGACAAAAUUUACUGCCCAUAACAUUCUUUUAAUGACCUUUUCAAAACACUUCGUUAAGGAAUACAAUAUUUCGCACUGAGUCGUUAGACUUCCAUUGGGGUUUAUGUGUGUCAUAUAAUAUUUGUUUUCUUUUAUAUUUGCAGAAAUGACCAGUAAUGUCAGAGAUUAUCAACAACAUAAACCAGUCAACAUCGUUUACAAAUUCAUCUGUCGUUACCCCGUCCGCAAGCAAGCAGAUACAAGAACUGGCUUUGGUUGCAUUACUGAGUAUUGUCAUUAUUGUAACAGUAAUAGGAAAUACACUUGUAAUCCUCGCUGUCUUGACCACCAGAAGACUUCGGACUGUUACAAACUGCUUUGUUCUGUCGCUUUCAGUAGCAGAUUGGCUUGUUGCGGUAUUUGUAAUGCCCCUAGCAGUGGCAUACCAUCUUAUGGGAUCGUGGGUGUUCGGUUGGCUAUUAUGCGACAUAUGGGUAUCGUUGGAUAUACUGUUAUGCACGGCAUCUAUUUUAAGUUUAUGUGCAAUAAGUGUGGACAGAUAUUUAGCAGUGACCCAACCAUUAACUUAUUCAAGAAGAAGAAGAUCGAAACGGCUUGCUUUCGGCAUGAUUUUGGUAGUUUGGUGCAGCUCAGUCCUCAUUACAUGCCCCCCUAUGUUUGGCUGGACUGCUUUCAAGCAAGGAAAGACGGAAAUUUCCACACGGGAUAAAUGCGGGCUGUACGCAGGCUGGGGCACCACCGCAAUGUUGAUCCGGGUCAAGUAA